ACAGUUAUCAAACAUGCAAGAGAAAAUAGCUAUUGUGGAUUCUAAGAGCAAAGAAGAAGAGACGUUUCGUAGUACGAUGCUGAAUAGGACUAAUCAAGCGUUCAAAGAAGAAGAGGAGUUUCGGCAUGAGAUGCGGAAAAAGAAUAAAGAUGCGUUCAAAGAAGAAGAGGAGUUUCGGCAUGAGAUGCGGAAAAAGAAUAAAGAUGCGGAUGAGAAAGAAGACCAGUUAAGAAAAGUGAUUAUGGAUGGGUUCAAAAAGGUUCAAGAAAAUCUCGACGCUCUCAAUAAGAAAGUACAUGCUUUGGAAAUAAAGACUGAAGGCCAACAUCAGGUGGAGGAAAGAACGCAACCUUAGUGGGUAAAUGAUAUUAUAGGCGAUGUUGUUUCGAAAACAUUAAAAUACAGACAAUCAGUUUACUGAGUUAACGGUACAUAUGUGUAUCAUUUUCAGUAACACAACAUUGUGACAUUUCUAACGAGUCGUAAAAACGAUAUCAUUUUCAGCGCCUAUUAAAUAUGACAAAGGUCUUAUAUAAUAUAAACAAGAACUUUCAAGUAAGCACGCUCAAUAAACACGAAUGUAACAUGAUCUUAUAAAUGUUUCUACCAAACUUAAUGGCAUCGGCUGCCCAUCUAUGUGUUGAUUCUUAAAUUAAAGACAAUGUUAAUGGUUUGAUGCGGAUUUUGAUAACAUAUUUAUAACACAUUCGUAAUUUAUAAUUAUAAUUAGCGUAUUUGACGUAUUUGUACACAGUUUCUAUUUAACGUUUUUUGUAUUGAUUAAUUUUGUUCAAUUCAUUUUAUGCUUGCACACGUCAUUUACAUUUGGUGUGAGUGUUCAUUACAUGAGAGAAUGUUAAAAACUUCAGUUCAAUAUGUGCUAAGAAAUGGUGUGAUUUGAGGACGCAUACCGUUUCAAUUUAUUAAUACAUUGAAUAUGAUAUUGCCAGUGUAAGUUCACGAUUGUCUUAAUCUGGGUUUAUGAUGCGCAGUGUACUUAUUCCUUCCAUAUUGUAACUUACAUGUAUGUAUGCAAAGAAAUAAGACGCUUAAACAGGAGUUGUAUAGAUGCAUAUUGUUGUACAUUUAUAAAAGCAUAUGUGGAGUAUUGGUAGUGGAAGGAUAUGAGUGUUCGUUUGGUGACUUAAAAACUGCUUUCAGAAUAUAUGAUACUAUCAAUGUCUCUAACAUGCAAGGAUUUAUCUGAAAACGCACAUUUCCUGAAGAAAAAUAGAAUUAAUUUAAAUGACAUACAAAUAUAGUUAUCUGAAGUUUCACUUAAUUUUAAUAUCUUUUUUUAAACGCCAUCUCAAUUGUUAAAGUUGUCUUUGAUCGUGAACAGUUUAUCAAUGUUAACUGUAUUGUGUGUUAAUUUCAAAUUAAUAUUGCGUUGCUGAGUAUAACCAUGUAUCUAUAUUCACAGAGCACACACUUCAGUGUUUGUGUUUGUAAAGUGAAGUUCUGGCCAUACCGCUUAAUGUUUAUUUUUAAUUCAUGCUGACAUAUUGUAUACAUCAUGCUUAGUAUAGAUGUGCUGUAUUGCAUGCAUAAAUCAAAAACGUAAAUAUACUUGUUAGUGUAUAUGCCACUGUUGCUUAAUAAGUUGUCUUUAUCUAAUGACUUGAUAAGUUUCCCAUUACUUUUAUACAUUUAAUCAUACAUAUAAUGCAGUAAAAUGUGUAUUCGUCCUUUGUGAUUGUUGUAUCUAGACAGAUGUUAUUGCAAUAAUAUUUAUUGAUUAAGCGUCCCGUAAACAUAAACGAAGUGUGAUCAAUACAAACACCAUUUUGAUAGCACCACAACUUUGUGUUAUUCCCAGAUACUAAGAAGUUUAACAUCAACAAUAACAUAUAUGUGUUGAGCUGUCUUUGGUAUUUACAAACGGUGGCUUGAUCGUAUGCAAACAAAACAAUUCAUCACAGUAGAAGUCAUACUUGUGCACGAAAUGUUAAGUGUGGUGCUUCAGACUAUAACCGAGAUUACUUUAAAUAUUUGAAUUCGUCCUAUAAUGUCCUUUGAAAUGUGUAUUGUAUUAUUUUCAAUAUGCCAUAAAAUAUCCAUCAAUCAUUAUAAGCAAAUAAUAAAGUGUUUUUCUCAAAAAGAUGUUUAAUAUUGGUUGCAGUUGCCCGUGUGUGUUAUUAAUAGAACAGUUUCAAUGAAUAUAAUUAUUUUUCAAAACGUUGUAUUUACUAUUCGAUACUUACAUUUGCCUGUAUAUGCAUAUGUAUACCUUUCAAAGGUAUAUUUUUGGAUGUCAUAUUGGUGUAUGAUAAAAUGAUUACUUGUGAAUUUAACAACUUUGAAAAUUGUUGAACAGGAAUUAUGAUGUGAUAAGUUGUUUAAUGGCGAAAAAUGAAAAUAUUUGCAAACAAUGACACAAAUUAAACAAUGACUGAAGUAUUUACCGAGAUUUCCGAUCAUUUGCCUCUGUGUUGAAACAUUUUAUUUUUUCAAUUUGUGUUUGUUAUUAAUGUUUUGUACAUAGUUUUCCUAUAAAAAAUCUGCUUUUGAAGCAAAAUACGUA